AUGGCAGCGGAGACGGACAGGAAGAUUGCGCCGAACCACAGGAGGAUACACCCGAAAGCAGCCCAGUGUCGAUCGUCGCCCGGAGGAUGGUCUCGCUUUCGACGUGAUAAUUACGAUGCAUUACCGACACGUACGAGUUCGCGCCGGCGGGCACUCGAUCGUGGCCGCCGGCGUUGGCUAGCGGCGCUGCUGAUAAUGGUCGCCUGUUUGCCCGGCAGCGAGGCGGCCGCGGCCCCGCUCCCGAAAAGUCCUCCCACCUCCAGCUACGGCCGGGGGCACCCGAUGUUCAAGCGGAUGGGCGGAAUGGCCGACUCGACAAGGAUCUCGAACCUCACGCGUCUGCACAGUGGUGAUCUGUUUUAUACUUUUGAAUCGGAAAAAUGUGACACAGAUACCUGCGUGGGGCUGUCGAGCGGUACGGCCGAACUAUCGAUCGGGGGCGACCGGUCCGGCGGUGCCGGAAGUGGACCCCCGCGUGUCCCCGGAAGCACGGACCACAUCAAAGAAAUCGACAUGUCCGCGGACGCCGGCAUCGAGUGCAAGUGUCAGUGUUUGCCGCAUCUGAGCACGUAUCGGGAAGAUCUGGGCAUCUGCGUGGACGACAUCAGAGAAUGCACACUAGCGCCAUUCAUCAGCGGAUCGAGCUCGGAAAAGAUCCCGUUCGUCUUUUUGCCCCACCGUGGCCAAAUCGUUCAUCCGAGUCGCGAGAUUGGGUUUCCAGGUGUCAAGAUGCCGAUGUGUGCGGUGUCGGCCGCCCAGUACCUCACCACCAACGGCUGGGCCGAGCUGCGCAACCCGAUCGACACCGACGUCCCGUUCCGGCUGUUCCGCGACGAGGGCCGCAUCUACCUGCAGUGGCUCGGCGAGCCGGAGUUGCGCCAGCGGAUGCAGGGCCGGCUCGUGCUGGUGCACCUGAUGUGCCGCGACAUGACGCCCCGCCUGCUGCUGCCGGAUGGCCGGACCGCCCCGCACCACCACGAUGACAUGCAGAUGCCGAUGAAUCAAAACAUCUUCACGCCGUGCAUCGCUUUCCGCGUCGUCGGAACACCCAUUAAAUACGUCAACAAUGUAACAGAGGUAUCAUUUUCCUCCGAGACGCACGUCGAACAGCAAUCGGGUCUCUCCACGAAAGAGUACAUCGUGAUCGCAGUAUGCAGCCUCUGCCUCGGCCUGAUCUACAUUGCGUCGGUUUUUCUCUACAUCCACAUGAAGAAACGGAAGAAUAGGGCCGGCUCGGACGAUGACGCGAGCGCCAUGAAGAACGACUACUCCACGUACCAGCAGAACGACCAGGUGACGUUCGGCGUCGGCAUGGGGGCGGCCGUCAGCCCAUUCGGGGGUCAGGCACGGGCCAGCUUCAUCGGACGCAACGCGCUGGGGGGCAGUCAACGGCAGGUCGGUGGACCGACUGUUGGAGGCCACCGGGGCUUGGGUAACAACGUGGGGCUGCACGCGGAAGAGAUGGGCAUCGUCAAGAGCAACCCGCUGCUGAAACACUUCCCCAACCUGAGCGACAAUUCGGGCUUCAUCAGUGACAAUUCCAAUUCGGUGUCGGAGUUUGAGGAUGAUCUGACGACCGACGUUGAGAAACAGAUGCAAACCGGCAAACAUCAGCCAAAAAACUACUCAGGGCGUACCGAAAUGGAUGGCGAAUUUCGCCUUCAGGCGCAGCAGCAGCAGCAGCAGCAGUCGCAACAGCUGUCCCAGCAGUCGGCACUGAUGCUCCAUCACCACCACCACCACCAUCUGCAGCAACAGCAACAGCAGCAGGAUCCGCUGAGUUCUGGUGGCCAGGAUACGGAGUGUCUGCCCGAGGAAAAUGUAUCCAUUGUCGAAGAACUGAACAACGAAGAAAAACUCGAAAGCAUGAAGUCCAUCGUGAACGGUACGAUGCGCAGGAAAUUGUACUUCAACCCAGCCUACUUCGAGCCGCAUCUUUUGGUGUCACCUCCACCGGCAGCUAUCGAGUUCCUUAAUAAGAUACGAGAAGUGAUCACGAUCGCAAAGUACAAGAUGUCCUCGAAACGAUUCCAACCGUCGUUGAACAUCAUCCCCGAGGAGCUGCAGCAAGCGGCCGGUUCGGAGACGUACGCGGCCGUCCAGACGGCCCCGGCCAGUCGACGCAGCUCACUGAUCAGCUCGCGCAAGGAUAGCUCCCGCAAGAGCGUUUGCUCUGGAUGUCCCGGGUGCGAGAAGAAACCGAACGGCGGCGAAUCGGUAAUGGUGCCGUCCAGCAACUGUCGUAACUGUGGCGACAAGCAGAACAGCAUCCGGAAGUGGCUCGAGGACGUUUCGUCGACGCACGGCGAUGGUAUUGCGGAGGCGGACAUUUACGGCAGUAAAACGAACCUACUCGUCGCGGGAGAAUCGAAGGACGGCGCAACGGAGGGAGGAUCGAAGGGAAGUGAAGGUGACGGUGGCAUUACGAACGUCGCGUUCGUUGCCGAUCAGUCGCUGGAGUCUCUGAAAUCAGGCGACGAACGAGCUGCACCGGAGUCGUUGCCGAUUCGACCGGAAAUUAAAAAGCAACCGAAAGCCCUCCGGCAGGUGAAGCAGACCGGGAGUUUACAUAGCGACAGUUCGUCAACGUCGGACAACGAGACGAUCGUAGCGAACAGCGUGAAGGGACGGGCUGCGUCGGUCGUGCGGGUUCCUUCCGCAAGCAAGUCGGUGCGAUCGGAUACGAGUUCGGCUCCGAAAAUUGUAUCGCAUAGUUUAAAGUCGGAGGUGACAGGGAAGGUGAGUAAGUUUGGGCCGAUGCCGGAUGGGUCGGGGGCGCUCAUGAAAAACAGCAGCUUCAUCUACGAAGAGGCACAGAAACCGUCCCAGAGUAAUCAGGAUCUGUACAUCCGAAAUACGAACAACUCGGUGGCGAACCUGGAAACGAAUAAGGUGUACGAUAAGCGUGACCUGUACAGUAUCACCGGGAGUGAGAUCUACAACAAUCCUCAGUUUGAGACGUCUCCCCUGAUGCCGCACAAGAAGCUUCCGGUGGGAGCACACUCGAACCACCAUCAUCACCAUCAUGGGAAAAAGUUCGGUACCGGAGGGAAGGUUCAUGCGCCACCCGUUGCUCCUUUCGGGACGGCAGCAGGGAAACGUCAGCCGGAAGUUCACGAUCAGUACGCCAAUGUGAAGCAGAUGAAGUUGCGCAAUAUCAGCGAAAUGCCGGACAUGGUGUACGAGGCGCUGGCGAUGGAUCAGCGUAAGAUCAAGUCGUGGUCGGAGCGACACGCAGAUCGACUGAUGGCGGCCGAAACGGCCGAGUACAAUCUCGAUUCGUCCGACAGUCGCUUCAGUAGCAUCGAUCGUCACGAGCGCUACCGAAAUGAGAAGUUCUUUCACGACUUCCUAAACUCCGACCAGGAGUGCAACACGCUCGGGAACCGCUCGGGUAAGAACUCGUUCAGCAAGUACCAGCCCGACUCGCCAAUCUACUCGCGCAAGUCACCUCACUAUCUGAUCGUCGACUACGAGACGGACAGCCUUGAGCGAGUCACCUCGAAGACGCCGAUGAGCUUCAACACGUCCACCACCAACAGCAGCGAUCCGGGCUCGCAACCGUCGCCAUCGCUCAGCGCAGCCUUGCCGCUGGAAGAGGAGGUCGAGAUACGCAAUGCCAUAUACGAUCGGGUGGAGGGUUUUAGAAAGGAUACUGACACGAUCAAGACGGAACGCGAAGCCGUCAGUAUCCGGUCCGAAGAGUACGAAGACGUUCCGCAAGCGUCGGCGAAGAAGGCGCCGAAGAUCAAGUGCGACACGCCCUUUCAGGGCAGUAUAACGAUCGAGGUUGAGCACAGCCCGGACGAUUGUGACCUGUCCACCGAUAGUGACCAGUUCGAGCCGGAUACGCUCGAUCGAAAACCGAAACGGGGUGGCCAAUCCGCGGCGGUGAGUCGCCAUCGGAGUAACGUGUGGGAAACCGACCGGGCGCGUUCGGUGGUGGAUUCAUCCAACAUGACGUCGCUUCCGGCCGAUCUCAACAUUGUGCUGAAGUCGACUGGUUCGUUUAAAAACGAGACCACCUUUGGCAGCCUCCGGGAGAUCUACGAGUCGAAGAAUGGGAAGGUCAACGUUAGCAACGCUCCGGUUCGAAGUUCCUUCAACAAUCUGGCGGAUCUUGACGUGAAGACGGGUAAGCUGUUGACGCUCGAAACACGCCACUCGCGCCGUCAACGAACAAACGCCCUAGAUCCACUGAUACCAGCUCCGAAGCUGAUGCCACCGGACCUUAUACCCCCCGAGAGUACGGUCUCGAACGGCCGUCAGGCUGCACUCUACGAUCAUCCCCGGUUACAACCGCGAAAGGUUGAAGAUUAUGGUGCACCGCCAAAGCAUCUGGCCUGCUGGAGUAAUAGCGAAAAGCUCUCGAAUCAACCGACCGGUCCUGCUCCGAAACCCAACUUCUGCACGGGUGAGAACUACGAAUCGAUCAACAGUCUCACGGCCGAGAGCGACUCGACGCAGUUCACGGGUAUCUCCGACCACGACCAGUCGACGGGUUCCAGCAGCAAUAGCACGGGGAAGACUCGUCCGGAACGCAAGCUCCCUAACUACAGCCAUGUGCAGAAGGGUCAAUCAAUCGGUGAUCAGUCGCUUUACAUCACCGACAAGUCGGAGUACGCGAGGAUCGACGAAAAAUCGAACCAGGACCUGGGAGGUAUCCUCGGGAACUACAUGUCGCUGGGUGAGAUGAACAACAAGAACUUCUUGCAGCAAGUAGACAGCAAGCUUUACGACCUUCGUAGUCGGCAGUCGGCGCAGCUUGCGAGCAAGACGAAGUUCAUCGAGGAUAUCGACAAGAUUGAGGUACUGUCGACGAAGACGCUGUCCAACUACAGCUACCCGAUCAGUCGUAGUGGCGCUCCCUCGAUUAACCCGAAGGACGGUGACGACGAGAAGCCGAUCUACGACAUCAGUGCGCCGAUACCGAUCGAGUCGUCGGCAGCGUCCUCAACGAAGGUGUUCCGCGUGGAGCUGAACCAGUCCUCGAACGGCAUGCAGAUCGCGAUGGGAUUGCGAGAUCGCGUGAAGAAAUCGAAGGAUUUGAAGAACGCCUGGAAGAAGUUCAUCGGUAUCGCCACGUCCAAGUUCAAUGGAAAACCUGGCGGUGACUCGGAGCUGGAGAAAACGUCCGACUCGUCGGACAUCCUAGAGAAGGACGAGGGCAUUUCAUCGUUGAUCGACGACUCGUCGGGAAGUGGAGCUUACGGGGGCUUACGACAUCACCAUCACCAUCAUCGAAAGCGAUCCUCACCACCGACGGUGGUGCCGGAAGACGGAGAGAAACCAUCGACAUCGCGUACGAUCACGGUCGUCCGAAGUAGUUCGAGGUCGAGUGCUAAGGAACAGGACAGUGGCUACAUGAGUGCCGAUUCGAGCGAGUCGAAGCUGAACGGGAAGAAGAUCUACGAACGGUUCAACUUUAGCUCACAACCUCCCGAUGGUGCCGUAGAGGGUACGAUCGCGGAAGAGAACAAGUACGAGGUGUGCGCUGCCCAGGAAUCGAACGCCAACUGUGGUCCGUCCAACGAAACCUACGGUGCAACAGAUACGGCCGGCACAAACCGGAGCGGAUCGUCCUCGGGAGCUGGAUCCAGUGGAGGACGAGGCGAUAAGUCGUCGAUUGCCCGACCUCGAUCGCCUCCACCACCGUUACCACCACCGAACCCACCACCUCCGCCUCCUCCAACGGCUACGAUUCCCUCGAAGAAGGCACCGGGAAGCGCAGUCAAGGUGAUCGAAAAACCUCACUCCAAGCCACCACCACCACCGCCAUCUCCACCGACCACAAUCACCACCACCACUAUCGGGAAGCUAGCACGCAACGAGCCGGGUUCCUCCCGGCAGCACGGAACCACCACCAACGGAGUGUUCUUCAACACCACCGAUGCCAUCAGCGUGCGCGUGUACUCGUCCGACGAUGAAAAGUUCGACGGCAGUGACGAUGCGUCCUGCAUCUCCGACGAUGACGAUCUCGACUCGCAGCUGGACGACAUUUCCGAGUCCGGUGCGGAAAGUGUCGAGACGCACUCGGUGUUCUUCAAGAACAUACGCAAACCGUCCCAUCUCUCCGUGGCAUCCAACGCCGAUCGGGCACUGGCUGCCGCUGUCCACUGA